CAGCUAUUGAUAACACAUUUGCUAAAAGUUAAAGAGUUUGCUCAUAAAUAGAAAUCAUUGUUCGUGUCAUUAGAUUUGGUUUUGGCAGCAAAAUGUGGAAAUCAAUACAAUAUUUGUCAGUAAUAUUAGCUGUGGUUUGUGUCCAGCAGUUAAGGGCCGACACACCGGCUAACUGUACGUAUGAAGACAUACGAGGGGUUUGGGAGUUCUCGGAGUCGGAAGCGUCUGCCGAACGCUCAGAGGUCUGCAACGGAUCGCAGGUUUUGCUCAAUAAAGUGAGGUUUGAGUUGUUGUUUCCUAACAUUGCUGUCGACAACUUCGGUAACAAAGGAAUUUGGACAAUAAUUUAUAACCAGGGCUUCGAAGUUGUCAUUAAUUAUCGCAAAUAUUUUGCGUUUUCUGAUUACCGCCAAAAUGGCACAAAUGUGAGCAGUUUGUGUCACCAAACCAGACCCGGGUGGUCGCACGACGUGUUGGGACAUAACUGGGCCUGUUUUACGGGACUCCGGAUCAGUGGUAGUCAUGAGCCCAAGACAUACACCACUAAACUUGGAGGUCCUGUCGGUGUGUAUCGACAGAACCCGCACUCUAUUCAGCAAAUUAACUCAAUUCAAAGUCUAUGGACAGCCAAACAUUACCCACAUUUAGAGGGAAAGCCUUUGAGAGAUAUCCAUAAUAUGAAAGGUGGACCCAAAUCGAGAAUCUUAAGUCCUCCAGCACCAGCAGCCGUAACUGAUAAAGAUUGGAGGGAUGCCCUACAACUGCCCGACCACUUUGAUUGGAGAAACAUUAGUGGAGUUAAUUAUGUGUCGCCCGUCAGGAACCAGGGCUCGUGUGGCAGUUGUUACGCGUUUUCAUCGAUGGGUAUGAUUGAGGCCAGGCUCCGAGUUCAAUCCAAUAAUACGGUUCAGGAAAUACUGUCGCCGCAAGAUGUGGUCAGUUGUUCAGAGUAUGCCCAGGGAUGUGACGGCGGUUUCCCAUAUCUUAUUGCAGGCAAAUAUGCGCAAGACUUUGGUUUAAUACCGGAGUCGUGUUUCCCAUACACAGGUGCCGGUGACCAGUGCCACGAGAAAAAGUGUCGACGCUAUUACACCGCACACUACGACUACGUGGGCGGCUAUUACGGCGCUUGUAAUGAGGAGGCGAUGCGGUUAGCACUGGUACGCAAGGGACCCAUUUCCGUGUCCUUUGAAGUGUACGACGACUUCAUGUCAUACGCGGGCGGCAUAUAUAAGCACACGGGUGUCACACAUGGUCUCCAGUUUGAACCCUUUGAGAUCACCAAUCAUGCGGUGCUGGCCGUGGGGUAUGGUGUCGAAAAUGGACAGAAGUACUGGAUUGUUAAGAAUAGUUGGGGAACGGGAUGGGGGGAAAGUGGGUACUUCCGCAUCAGUCGCGGCAGUAAUGAGUGUAAUAUAGAGAGCAUUGCCGUCGAAGCCAUUCCUAUUCCUUAAGAGAUAUUGAAUAUUAGAAAAUAUAUUAUUAUGUUUGAUACAUUUGUUUAAUUAAAAUCAUUUUUAUAAUGCUUG